AUGACACUCUUGCAAGGCCGGGUCGUCGUGGCCGAGAUGCAAGCCCAGACUUUCCAGAACCUGGAUGCAAAGGGCCCAGCUCCCAGUCAAGACAGAUACCUCGUUGUCUCCCCUUAUGUCGAGAGAGAACAUCUUCUGGACCUCGAAAGCCUUGACGUCGAGAACCAGCUCCUCGCUCUCGCGCUGACCAAGCUCAAGUGCCUGCGGGCGGACUAUGCCACUGCUCCUUAUGCUGAGACGUUCAACUGGGACGAGGUCAUCGAUACCCUCCGGACGCUCGCCCGAGAUAUCGGCCACACAUGGAAGGAAACCUCGUUCUUCGUGGUGGCUUUCCGCUCCCGCAUACCGCCCACGACAGUGUACGCCGAGCUGGGCGCUCUGGACAAAGCGGCGCACGCCGAGGCUACGGCCAGUGGUGGUUUCUUGAAGUACUGGUUUGGCACGCCCGAUGCCGAGGGCCGCAACCUGGCGACGUGCAUCUGGAGGUCGCAGGAAGACGCAAGGAAAGGAGGCGUCGGACCCGCGCACCGGAAGGCGGCUGGUGCCGCGCGUUCGCUAUACACCUUCUGGAAGAUAGACCGCCUCCGGCUGACUAUCCGAGAGGACCUCUCAGUGUUCCGCGAUUUAUACUUCAAGAUGGUGGUCGACGCGCAAAAAGACGCGCCGUUCAAAUCGGCGCAGGUCGAAUCGCUUGUGAUGAUGAAAAUCGUUAAGCACUGCUCCUCAAGCUUCCCGACUACUGCGACAGGGUCCCUCGUGGGCAUGGACAAUAAUGGAGUUCUCGAGAUCACGAACGCCUUCCCCUUCCCGACCGUCGACGUCUCGAGCACCGAUGGACACCAGUCCGACGCAUCAGCCCUUGCGGCGGCAGCCCCCCGUGCUAAGGCCAACAUCGUGUACCAGAACGAGAUGAUCAGGCACCUGAAGGAGGUCAACGUGGAUGCGAACAACGUGGGCUGGUACACGAGCGCGACCAUGGGCAACUUCAUCAACCUCGGCUUUAUCGAGAACCAGUACCACUACCAGCGCGACAACGACAAGACGGUGGCGCUCGUCCAUGAUGUGAGCAGGAGCUCACAGGGCACCCUGAGCCUGCGGGCUUUCAGGCUGUCGCCGGAGUUUAUGGCGGCGUACAAAGAAGGGAAAUUCACAACAGAGAGCCUGCAAAAGUCAAAGCUAUCCUUCCGGGAUAUUCUUGUCGAGGUCCCCGUCAUUGUUCACAACUCGCACCUCCUGACCUCAUUCCUGCACCAAAUUCCCGCGCCGCCUGAAUCCCCUGAGAUUCCGCUCCCCGCUUCUGUCGACGACAUCCAGCGCGAGCCGGCCAAGCUGCCGGCGCACCCAUCCUUCGACACGCUGGACCUCUCGAUCGACCCCUUCCUUGAGAAGACGUGCGAUCUGCUGCUGGACAGCAUCGAGGCCCACUACUCGGACCUCAACAACCACCAGUACUACCAGCGGCAGCUGACGCGCGAGCAGUUUAAGAUCUCGCAAUGGCAAGCCAAGCGCAAGGCGGAGAACGCCGCGCGCUUGGCGGCCAAGCAGACGCCCUUACCCGAGGACGAGUGGCAGAGGCUAUUCAAGCUACCGCAGGAGCCGAGCCGGCUCGAGGGCAUGCUCAACGCCAGGCAGGUGGAGCAGUACAGCAAGCAGGUGGACGGGUUCACGGCAACGAUCACGUCCAAGAUGUUCGCUGUGAGGGGGAAUUUGCUGCCUGAGUGA